CUCUCACUUACUGCUCAUUGUGUGGUCGCUGUGUGUUUGUUGUGUGUUUGUUUCUCUGAUUCUCCGGUGAACCACGGUCCUCCGGCCCCGGUCAUGAGCGCCGUCCUCCCCCGGAUCGAGCAGCUCUCCGCCCGGGUGGUCCGGGUGCUGGGCUGCAACCCGGGUCCGAUGACUCUGCAGGGGACCAACACCUACCUGGUUGGCACCGGGCCAAGACGUGUGCUGAUCGACACGGGAGAAUGUGCCAGGCCUGAAUACAUCAGCAGUCUGAAACACGCUUUGACCCAGUUCAACACCAGCAUCCAGGAGAUCAUCAUCACGCACUGGCACCACGACCACACGGGCGGCGUGGAGGACAUCUGUAGGGACAUCGCCGGUUCUGAUGUGCGAGUCAGCAAACUGCCUCGGACCGGGCAGGUGGGAGAGUCGUCUGGAGAGAAGAGCUUCACCUACCUGAAGGAUGGAGACCUGGUCCAGACAGAGGGGGCUACGCUCAAAGUGCUGUUCACCCCGGGUCACAGCGACGACCACAUGGCGCUGCUGCUGGAGGAGGAGCAGGCGCUCUUCUCUGGAGACUGCAUCCUGGGCGAGGGCACGGCCGUGUUCGAGGACCUGUACGACUACAUGAGGUCUCUGAAGGUCCUGCUGGACUCUCAGGCCGACCUCAUCUACCCCGGUCACGGCCCCGUGGUCCAGGACGCCGGCGCCAAGAUCAGACACUACAUCAGCCACCGGCAGCAAAGGGAGCAGCAGAUCCUGGCGGCCAUUCAGGACGGAGCAGGAAAGCCCUUCUCCUCCAUGGAGCUUGUGAAGAUCGUGUAUAAGGAAACCCCUGAGCACCUGCACCAAGCAGCUAAUGUCAACCUGGUCCAUCACUUAAAGAAACUGGAGAAAGAAGGACAGAUUGUCUUGUCUGAUGAGUCCUCAGAGAACAUCAGAUGGAAGAGUAACCUGUGAUGUUCACCAAGACGAUGAGGAAACGGACUCUGAAGAUGUUUUCAGACAUGUCCUGCACGGACUCGUUCACAGCAACAGCAACAGACCAAGCUGGAGGCGGAGCAGCAGGAAGUCGAAUCAGACUCAACGACUGUUAAAGAUGAAACGUGUUUUUCUAACCUCACCAACAUUUCAGCUUCUCUCGCCUUGAUAAUUAACCUCACUGUGACCUGUGCUGCUCAGAUAUACCUCCAAUCACUCACUAGGGGGCAGUAUCUGCUAAGUGAUUUUACUGGGUGAUAACUUGAGGAGUAAAAUGUUAAGCUUUGCAUUUUUGUUCCUGCAAAAUUAACCAAGAUUUUUUUUAAAGAUGAAACUCGAAUGUGAAUCAAGUUUAAUGUGAAUUUAAACUAAUGAAUCCUCAUCAUUGUGCUGCUGGUUAUUGUUCUGACCACAAAUGAGGAUUAUUGUGUAUUUGUGAUAAUUAAGAGAUCAUUCCAAGGUAGAUAGUGAUAUUUAUCUAUAUUCUGAUAACAAAUAAUAAAAAUGACUAAUAUAAAUAAAUAUAUUCGUUGUGAA